CACAUCAUGAAGAUCCUCACAAAGGAAGAAGAGCAGGAGCACUACAACGCCACCGUCUAUGGAGGUACCAUUGGUGGUCUGCUCGGUACGGCAGCUGGUGCUGUUGGUGUCCUGGCCGCUAGCAGGAGAUACCCUGCUUUCCGUGGCCUUUCUCUUCCUUUCCGCGCCUUCUUGGUGACCAGUACCGGUACCUUCGCUGCCAUCAUCAAUGCCGAUCGCUACUCGCGCACCUACGAGGCUAGCCGUCAUCCCGAGAAGGACUACACCGACAAGCAGCAGACCCUGCAAGAGCAGCUCGAGUCACAGAAGCCUUUCUCUCAACGUGCCAUGGACUGGGGAAACAAGAACCGUUACAGCAUCGUUUUCGGUUCAUGGGUUGCUUCAAUCACCGCUGCUUUCGGUAUCGUCGGCCGCAACCCCUACCUUAGUGGUCAACAAAAGCUCGUCCAGGCUCGUGUCUACGCUCAGGGUUUGACUCUGGCUGUCGUCAUUGCCAGUUUGGCACUAGAGGCCAAGGACAAGAACCAGGGUGAGGGUCGCUGGGAGACUGUCAAGGUCCUUGACCCCAAUGACCCUACUCACAAGCACGUUAUCGAGAAGAAGAUCCACCACGAGCGUUACUCUGGUGAGGAUCAAUGGAUGGACAUGGUCGCUGCCGAGGAAGAGCGCAUCAAGGAGCGCGAAGCCGCUGUCAAGCAAAGAGAAGCUGCCGACCAGAAGAAGGGCAAGCAAGUCAAGAAGCACGAGGACCUCGAGCACGGCGAAAACAAGUCCAAUGUCAGAGCACCCUAA